AUGGAGCUUCUGCUCCUUCACUACCCGUUCACUGUGCUGUUCGUUGCCUUUCUAGUCCUUUACCAGCUGCAUCCUGCAUUCAAAUACUUCUGCAAGAUGACCUUCUACAAUGUGUGGCUCCUGACCCUGAGCGUCCUGGUGAUCAUAUGCAGUAUCCCUCGGGGACGUAACGUGGAGAACAUGAAGUAUUUCCGCAUUUCACUCCUGCCACUCAAAUACAUCUUGGGUAUCAAGAUAGUGGUGAAGGGCAAGGAGAACCUCAGGACUAAGAAACCUUUCGUCCUCGUGUUAAAUCACCAGACCUCCCUUGACAUUUUGGUGAUGAUGGACAUCUUACCAAACCGCUGCGCGCCCAUCACAAAGAAGGAGAUCCUGUACAUGGGCACCUUUGGCCUGGCCUGCUGGCUUGCAGGGCUCAUUUUCAUUGACCGCAAGAAGAAGAAAGAGUCUAUCAGUACCUUGACAGAGGUGGCCCACUCCCUGCACAAAGAAAAUUUACGUGUCUUGAUCUUCCCUGAAGGAACGCGAAAUCAUGAUGGCUCCAUGUUGCCUUUCAAAAGUGGGGCCUUCCAGCUGGCUGUGAAAGCUCAGGUUCCCGUUAUUCCUGCAGUGAUCUCUUCCUACUGUGACUUCUACAACCAGAAAGAGAAGAGAUUUACACGAGGGACAAGCAUCAUCCAGAUCCUGCCAGAAGUGAAGACACUGGGGCUGGGCCCGGGUGAUGUUCCCAAGCUCACGGCGCAGGUCCGUGACUCCAUGCUCGUCACCUACCAGCAGAUAUCAGGAAUGAUCAAUGGGGCUUCCCAAGAGUGA